AUGGCAUUAUUAUGUCUGAGAGCAACACCAAUUGACCACCAUUUACCAUCUCCAGCAGAACUACUAAAUAAAAGAAAAUACAGAACCAAUCUACCAAUAGCUAAUACCAACACACAAGAUAGAAUGAUUACUGAGAGACUCAUGGAAAGACAAGAAACACAAAAGAAAUACCAUGAUAGAAACGUAAAACCACUACGCCCUCUAACUUCUGGUCAAUAUGUCAACGUACAGAAUCCCAAAACACUUAAAUGGGGACCUGCAGUAGGAGACAGAUCAUAUAAAGUUGAAUUACCUAAUGGUCAUACAGUUCGAAGAAACAGAACAUUUUUGAAAGAACGAGGAAGAAAAGUCAAGUUUGAAAUACCAGAAGAACCAGACCCAAUACUACCACAAACAAAUUCACCAAACCAAUCACCAACCUCAACUCCUACAACAGAACAAAUUGAAGAUCCAGGAAAGAAUAACCACUCAGAAAUUGAACCAGGUAUACAAACCCGCUCUGGAAGAAUCAGAACAAUAGAAAACUUCGGGCAUUUUGGAAUGAUUAAGAAACUAUUAAGUUCGCCUGGUCGGAAUACGUACAUUUUGGACACAACAUCAUAUUCUAGAUGGAGAACAGCUUGA